AUGGCUGCGGCUGCUGCACGAACCCAAGCUUAUAUUGUGGCGGCUAAACGAACGCCUUUUGGGGCGUUUGGUGGAAAGUUGAAGGAUUUGAAAGCCUCUGAAUUGGGUGGACUUGCUGGAAAGGCUGCUUUAGCUACCCUGCCCAAAGAGACCAAGGUUGAUAGCGUGAUCUUUGGAUCUGUAUCUCAGACCGAUAACUCUGGGGCGUAUGUUGCAAGACAUGUUGGGCACUAUAGUGGACUUCCGGUCACAGUUCCGGCGUUGACUGUUAACCGACUUUGCGGCUCUGGUUUCCAAUCCGUUGUAAAUGCGAACUUAGGAGGAACCGAGAACAUGUCCUUGUCACCGUAUACUCUCCACGGAGUUAGGUUUGGAAAUACCCGUUACGGCGUGGACCAGAAGUUGGUUGAUUCCCUCGCUGCCGCACUCAUCGAUCAAGUCCCUGGAGGUCAUCCAGGCGCGGCCCCAACUCCUAUGGGCGUGACGGCAGAAAAUCUCGCGCAAAAGUACGGAAUUACGAGGGAACAGUGUGAUGCAUAUGCACUACGUUCUCAGCAGCGGUGGGCAGCCGCCCAAGAGGCUGGGGCAUUCAACGAUGAGAUUUCGCCAGUUGAACUGAAAGGAAAGAAGGGGACUGAGGUCUUCAGUGUUGACGAACAUCCUCGCCCCACCGCAACACCGGAAGCUCUCGCGAAACUUCCCAGUGUUUUUAUCAAACAAACAGGUACUGUUUCCGCCGGAAACGCUAGCGGAAUCGGAGAUGGUGCGGCAGCCAACGUGGUAGCCAGCGAAGCUGCGUGUCAACAGUACAACCUUCCCAAACUGGCCAGGAUAGUUAGCUAUGGGAUAAGCGCCUGUGAGCCCAGUAUCAUGGGUAUCGGCCCUGUGGAAGCGAUUAAGAUUGCUCUAUCACGGGCUGGACUAAAGAAAGACGAUAUUGAUCUAUGGGACGUCAAUGAGGCUUUCGCAGCUCAGUGGCUAGCUGUGCAAAAAGAACUCGAACUCCCAGAUGAAAUAUCUAAUGUGUUUGGAGGGGCUAUCGCCUUGGCCCACCCUCUAGGAGCGUCUGGUGCUCGAAUCACAGCCAACCUUGUCCACAACCUUCGGAGACUCAACAAGAGAUAUGGGGUUGGGGCGGCAUGCAUUGGAGGUGGCCAAGGCAUUGCAUUGGUAUUGGAGAAGGCAUAG